AUGACAAGUUACGUGACUCUGGACGGUCCAAGCACGGGCUGCCUCCGAGAGGGGAUGCGCGCGAGCCAUAUGGCAGUCAUAUGUCGAACAUGGCUCACACGGCAAGUGACGCUUUGUGGAGGGCAUGCUCAGAACUGCAGUGGGCCGUCCUCCGUACAGCUCACAGCCGCCCAGACCUCCCAGGCACCGUUUCCGGGCGUUUUUGUGGCAGCGGCCGCAAAAAGGCAAGGCGGCGGAAGGGUAAACUGGGUGAACAUGCCGGGCUGGGCUGGAAACCAUCGCGUCCUCCCUCCUGCACCUUCAUGGGUCUUGCAGCUUGAAGCUCUUGUUGCCGGGUUUGCUUAA